GAGGAGGAAGUCGCUACGCUUUUAACACCCCCAGCUCCCUCCUCCUUCCUAAGGGAAAGUGGAGGAACGGAAGUGGGCGUGGACGGAGACGAAAGGGGGUCACGUGUUUGGGCGGGAGAGGGGCGGGGUGGGAGAGGUGGUGCGUGCGCGGGGCAUGCUGGGAGUGGUUGUGUACCGUCGCCAACAGCAGGUGAAGCCUAGCAGAGGACGCGUCCAGCCGAUCCUGUGAAGCAAUUCCUGCAGGCGUUGGUACCCCCCUUUGCCCUGGAUUUGAAUUUGUUGAAAUGAGCAGUCGUAAAUCAAAGAGUAACAGCUUAAUUCACGCAGAGUGCCUUUCACAGGUACAAAGAAUUUUACGUGAAAGAUUUUGUCAUCAGAGUCCACAUAGUAACCUAUUUGGAGUGCAAGUACAAUACAAACACAUAAGUGAGCUGCUAAAAAGGACCGCUCUCCAUGGAGAGAGUAACUCUGUCCUCAUUAUCGGACCCCGAGGAUCAGGAAAAACUAUGUUAAUAAAUCAUGCUUUGAAAGAACUCAUGGAAAUAGAAGAAGUGAGUGAAAAUGUAUUACAAGUUCACUUAAAUGGACUGCUGCAGAUCAAUGACAAAAUCGCCCUAAAGGAAAUCACGAGGCAGUUAAAUCUGGAAAAUGUAGUUGGAGAUAAAGUUUUUGGAAGCUUUGCUGAAAACCUUUCAUUUCUUCUGGAAGCUUUAAAAAAAGGUGACCGAACUAGCAGUUGCCCAGUGAUCUUCAUAUUAGAUGAAUUUGAUCUUUUUGCUCAUCAUAAAAACCAAACACUUCUCUAUAAUCUUUUUGACAUUUCUCAGUCUGCACAGACCCCAAUAGCAGUUAUUGGCCUUACAUGUAGAUUGGAUAUUUUGGAACUCUUAGAAAAAAGAGUGAAGUCAAGAUUUUCUCACCGGCAGAUACACUUAAUGAAUUCAUUUGGUUUUCCACAGUAUGUUAAAAUAUUUAAAGAACAGUUAUCUCUACCUGCAGAAUUUCCAGACAAGCUUUUUGCUGAGAAGUGGAAUGAAAAUGUUCAGUAUCUCUCAGAAGAUAGAAGUGUGCAAGAAGUACUACAGAAGCAUUUCAAUAUCAGCAAAAACCUGCGGUCAUUACACAUGCUAUUGAUGCUUACUUUAAAUCGAGUAACAGCAUCACACCCAUUUAUGACUGCCAUAGAUCUAAUGGAAGCAAGUCAACUGUGUAGCAUGGACUCAAAAGCAAAUAUUGUACAUGGUCUAUCAGUCUUGGAAAUCUGUCUUAUAAUAGCAAUGAAACAUUUAAAUGACAUCUAUGAGGAAGAGCCAUUUAAUUUUCAAAUGGUCUAUAAUGAGUUUCAGAAGUUUGUUCAAAGGAAAGCACAUUCUGUUUAUAAUUUUGAAAAACCUGUUGUCAUGAAGGCUUUUGAACACUUGCAACAAUUAGAAUUAAUAAAGCCCAUGGAAAGAACUUCAGGAAAUUCACAGAGAGAGUACCAGCUGAUGAAACUGCUUUUGGAUAAUACUCAAAUUAUGAAUGCUCUGCAGAAAUAUCCCAACUGUCCUACAGAUGUGAGGCAGUGGGCAACAUCCUCACUGAGCUGGUUAUGAAUAUAACCAGUGACUUCAACUUUGGCAUUUCAUUCAUACUUCUGUAGAGAACGAAAAACUAUUGUCCUUUAACAUGAUAAUACUAAACAUUCUAUAAAUAUUUUUGUAUUUAUGUGAGACUUGCAUGUCUACUGUCUUGGCUGUGUCUUGCCUUUUAAUCAUGAACAGUUACAUGAUUUAUAAUUUCAGUAAUUGAGAUUACUUUGUAAGUAGCAGUUCAGAAGAAUAAAAUAUGACUGUUUUAGGGACUAGACCAUGUGCUUUUUUAACACUUAUAUAUAUAAUGGUCUAUUUGAAGAGCUCACUUCAACCUAACAGCUAGAUGUCUUUACAAACCUUAAACCAAAGGAGUAAAAAAACAAUCGUAACAACUGAAGUAUAAGUAACCUUUGGUACAGUAGGUUUGCUGCAGGGUUUUUUUCUAUCCACAAGCAAAUUUUGGAUUCUAUCCCAGACUCAGGUUUUCUAGUUCAGGAGACUAACCAGCUUAGUCAGAAGAUGGUUCACAUGGAAGGAAAAGGCCAAGGAGUUUGAAGAUUUUUCUUCUAGAUAUCUCAAAAUGUGGUACUCAUACCAUCCACAUCAGAAUCCCUUGUAGGAUUUUCUAAAAUUAUAGAUUGUUGAGCUUACCAUAGGUCAAAAGGAUUGGAAUUUGCCUUCUUAACAAGUAUAGUCAUGGCACCACAUAACAUUUUGGUCCGUGACAUUGUAUAUAUGAGGGUGGUCUUGUAAGACUGUACCAUAUUUUUAUUGUACCUUUUCUAUGUUUGAAUAUACAAAUGUUUACCAGUGUGUUACAGUUGCCUACAGUAUUACAGUAACAUUCUGUACAGCAUUGUAGCCUAAGAGUAAUAGGCUAGGCUGUAUGUAUAGCCUAGGUGUGUAACAGGCUAUAUACCAUCAGGGUUUGUGUAAGUACACUCUGUGAUGUUCAUCCAGUGAUGAAAUCACCCAGAGACACAUUUCUCAGAACAUAGCCCCAUCAUGAAGUGACGUGACUGUACCAGAGAUUUCUGGAAAAGCACUCCCAAAAGUAAUGAGACAUGUAUGGCAAUGUUAACUGAACCUGUAUCAAACAGUAAAUCCCUGAGGAAUGUGGAAAUGUCAGUAAAAGCAUUGUCUUUUAAGUAAGUUCCAAGAUCCAUGAAUUAACAGAGGCAUAUAUUUAAAAUGAAAUUUAAUAAGCACUUAAGUGACUUCAUUUGUUCAAGAAUAUUUGAUUGCCUACUGUGUGCAUGGGAGGUUUACAAAAGACAGACUGUCCCUAUGCUUGUACAGCUUACAAUCCAUUUAACUGUUAGAGGCCCUGUGAGAUGUAGGUACUGUUAUUUACAGAUUAGAAAACUAACAAAGCAGUGGCAAUGCUGGGAAUAGCCAGCAGGCUUGGAAUUCAACUCAGUUUAACACCAAAGGCAGUGCUAUUAAAACCUGAAGUUCGACAGUGGAUUCCUUACCAAAUAGUUUUUAAAGUAUGCUCUAAGGCACAAUGUUUUAAUGAAAUCUUGGAUACAAAGUGGAAUAAAAAAUUUCUGUGCAUAAAAGUAGCUCUUCAGUAGUUACAACAUAUUCUUUUGCAUACAUAGCCUUUCCUUCCCUGCAAAAAGUCAAACCUUCUAAGUAUUCAGAUCCCUGUCAUUUACUUUUCAGCAGUCUCAUUCAGGCUAAGGCUUGCAUACUGAUUCUGUGCCAUAGUCUACACAUUUUUAGGGGAUAUUUCACCAAAAUACUUAACAUGGUAACAUCACUAUUAUAUACUAGAAGCAAGAAUUUUACACUUACGCUCUAACUGACCCUUUUAAAAAUUUUCUAAACUAUUUGAGGAAAGUAUUAUUUGUCUUAAAGGGUAACAGCCUCAAUGACUUGAGGAUUGCAAUUUCUUAUUAGCUUAAGAUGUCACUUAAAAGCUGACAGCCCUCAUCUGUCUCAUUGGCUACGUAAGAGCUACAGAAGAUCUAUCAAUAACCAAGUAUACAGAUUUUAAGUACCAAUUGAGGUAAACAUGAAACAGUUAAAAGCAAAUUCAAAAAAUACAUUAGGAAAAGUUACACAAAUGAAGCAUAUGCGUAUUAUAUUCCCAAAGCAUUUUUGUGGGGAGGAGCAGUGUUGAUUGUUGGCCUUUCCAUAUUCUCUCAUACAAAAAAGCUAAAGUCUAUUUGCAAGAGUUUUGAGCUAACUUCAUCUCUUAAAUUGCUUGAACUGUCAUCAAUAAAAACAAGUCUGAAAAACCCUAGUUUAAAAAGCGGUUCAAGAAUAAUGUAAACUUACACAUAUAGCUUCAAGAUACUUUCUUCAUUUACUAGAGGAGGAAAAAUAGAACCAAAAAAGCACAAACUGCUUUUUAAUCUGACUACCUCAGACUGACAAGCAGGUGAAGGAGGAAUAUUUCAGUGUGUUUUUUACAUCUGUGUUCCCUCCAAGUGGCCUACCAGAAACAGAAUUCUUGUUAAAAUGACUGAUUCUCGUGCACGUGAAAGACUCUGGGGAAUGAAUGCCUGUUUGGUCCAAACUUACUUACUGUAUCAUAAUGCUGUACAUGUUGAAAACAUAAUACCUAUUAAUGUCCUAACGAAUCACUGUUUUGCAGAAAACACUGUAAGAAACACUUCAGUAUUUUCUGUAGAGUUUCCAUGCAUAUUUCACCAUGGUUCGCAUUCUCGGCCUCAUCUGGUUUAGAAAGCAAUUCUGUUUCUUUCAAACCACCAUAAUCUAAGUGCUGCCCCGUCCUUCACCUUUACCCUAGAAAAUCUGAGAAUUCAUUGGUGUGUGCUGUGUGACACAAUGCCAACAAGCCUCUGCUUCCUAAUACUGGCAGGACCAACACACAUACUUGAGUGGGAAUAUAAUCUGUUUAGACGAUAAUAGAGGGAAAUACCAUAAUUAACAAAUCUCCCUUCACUCACCACUAUCCUCAUUCUUGGCAGUUGUCAAGGUGUAAGCCUCACUGUAAGUUACAAAGCUACCACUCCCCUCUUUAAGAACACAUAGCUAAAGAAAAACUGCAUAUGCAAAUCAUACCAUGUUCAUUUUUUUUUAUUUAACUUGGGGAUGGAAUGGGGAUAGCAUACAUUUUAUUUGUACAAUAUUUAACAAUCACUUAUCCAAGGUGGGGUUUUAUGGGGAUUUUAAGCUUUCUGUUAAAUACUUGCAGAAAAAAUAGCAAGUACGAUUUGACAGUAGUACAAUAACCUGUGCCCAAAACACAAGAAAUACAGAGUAAAGCGAAAAUAACUGCUUACCAAUAUUCUGAGAGGUAACAAAUGGGAUAUGGGUUGAGACUGCAUAAAAAACGUACUGCUGGUUGAAUAUCUGAGGUAAAUGAUGUUCAAUCAAGAUGCUACUUGUAUCAUUUUGCCCACAAAUUGAUAAAUAAUUUUAUGCAUAUCAUACCAAAUGUUCCUAAAAAGUAAUCUUUCAAAAAAGUAAAAAAGAGAAAUUGGAAA